CGGUCGAGAAAGGGGAGGAAACACUCUGCGUAACGGAGAGCAUGCCAUCCUGUCCCGAGUGCAAUAGAAACUAACCAAACUGAUAACGGUUCAGGGUUUGAUCUCUUUUUACCAGUAACCCACGCAAAAAAAUGCAGUCGUAUUCCUAAAUUUUCAUUAAUUCCAUUCCAUUCUUGGUUAUUCUGGGUGAAGAGUACUGCCUCUUUAAAAUUACUUUAAAAUUAAAAUUACUUUCUAACUAAAUACAUAUUUUACCAGUAAAUCAUGGGCUCCAGACUGAGCCGACAGAAUAGUCUCGACAACGAAACGCAGUUGUCCAAAACGAGACUCCAGCGUCGUGACAGUUAUGGAGAAGGUAUGAGUGGGCGCUGCGGUGGAGAUUUUGUGUUUACGUCCAUGAUACUGAAGUCCGACAAGCUGCCGGGGAUGCUUCGGAAGAGCCGCCCGAGCCCGUACGUGCGGAGAGUGGCGUGGGUCCGAGAGAUACAGAAACUGAUCCGCGAACACAAGGUGGAGGAGGCGAUCGACGUGCUCAAAUUACUCAGGAAGGAUUUGGGCCUAGAAGGCACAUCUCUGAAUGACAUCCUCUAUAAGAACACAUCCUUCCUGAACCUGGUGGAUCCUAUUUCCCAUGAACUCCUGCUCAAUCUGGCCCGUGACCUCCAGUGUCCCAAGAAGGACACGGAUCCCCUCAAGUCUUCUGACAAAAUCUGCAGACAGUUGAUCUACCAUCUGACCCCACACUCCAAGUUGCUGCGACAGGGGGUGAAAAAGGGUGGGCCUAAGAAGAAGUCCCAGGCCUGUAUUAAAAGCAUACUGCAGAAGAGGGUGUCUGCUGACAUGCUGGACCUCUCUGGCAUCCCGCUGUCCAGACGUGACAUCCAUCGCGUGGUGCUCUACCUCCAGAGCAGCGGCGAGUUGGUGGAAACAGUGGACCUGAGCUUCACCGGCCUCCAGGACGAUCACCUGAGGCUGCUGCUGCCCUUCCUCGCAACCCUGCCCAAGCUCAGCACCCUGAGCCUCAACGGCAACUGCCUGACCCUGGCCGCGGUCAAGGAUCUUACUGAGUUGGUUAAGAACCCCAGGAAGUUCCCGGACCUGGCCUGGGUGGACCUGGGCAACAACAUGGACAUUUUCACCCUGCCCCAGCCCCUGCUGGUCGCGCUGCGGCGCCGCCUCGGCCUCAAGAGCAGCCUGCCCACCAUCUACGAGCAGAGCGAAGGACAGCCCGGUGGCUUCCGCAUGGACAGCUCCACCGAGGAUGGGAGCCUUCAGGAAGAAGAGGAAGAGGAUGAAGAGGAGGGGGAAGAGGAGGACAGGCUGGAGCUGGAGUCGUGGGGGGUCCGAGACAAAACCACGCCUUGCAACAUUGCAGGGCCGCUCUGUGAGAGGUGAACCCCUCCCUCUCUCACUCACGGCCC